AAAACCACUGCUGUGUUCAACGCUUGGAGCGGAGAGUGUGGGUGGAGGAGAGGGGGCAGCUUCAGGGCAACUUUUCCACUGGAACGUCACAAAAUAAGGUCCCCGUGUUGUUCAAAAAUGGCCCAAAUAACGAGCGAAGGAGCGGAGCCAGAGUCUCAGCCCAAGCCGGAUCAAAACGGCACCGGUGGAACAGCAGAAACCUGCACAGAGGAACAGGCCAGGCCGGACCCCAAACAGGAACCGGGCGACAACAACGAGAACAGAGCAGGAAUGGAUGUGAACGUUGGUCGUGGUGCGCCUGAGGAACACGGGGAUAGUCCGGCCCGUGUCCCCGACGCCGACAAAGAAGCUGCUUCUCCGACCGAAAAAUCCGACGGCGAUGAGGGGGAGCCAGGCGGUAAACUCUCUGAACCGGGGAAAAGUCCCUUUCAGGGGAGUUUGGCGAGUAGUAUCGAUUCCGCACAAGAGGGUUCCCGGGUGCUGAAACAAGAACAAAGAGAGAGGGAGAACGUGUCCUGCUCCCCGUCCGUCGACCGCACAAAGACCCCCAGCCACGGCACGAAGAGACGGGCCAGUGUGGAGCUGACCUCCUCGGAUGGAGAGCCGCUGAGUCGGAUGGAUUCAGAAGACAGUAUCAGCAGCACCCUGAUGGACAUGGAGAGCACAGCAUCCAGCGGCCGCUCCACUCCAGCCAUGCUCAACGGUCACAACGGAGGUGCGGUGUCUGGGAGUGGCUCGGCACCUCCAGGGGGCAAGUCUAUGGGCUACACAUGCUGCUGGGAUCACUGCCAGAUGCUGUUCCCAAGCAGCCCUGACCUGGCUGAACACAUCAGAGCCACACAUGUGGACGGGCAGAGAGGAGGGGUAUUUGUGUGUCUGUGGAAGGGUUGUAAAGUAUACAACACACCAUCAACCAGUCAGAGCUGGCUGCAGAGACACAUGCUGACCCACAGCGGGGACAAACCAUUCAAGUGUGUGGUGGGGGGCUGCAACGCCACGUUUGCCUCACAGGGAGGACUGGCACGCCAUGUCCCCACUCACUUCAGUUCACAGAGUUCAGCGAAAGUGUCCAGUCAGGGCAAAGUGAAGGAGGAGUCUCCGUCCAAAGCUGGCCUCAACAAGAGGAGGAAACUCAAGAACAAACACCGACGCUCGCUCCCCCGACCUCAUGACUUCUUUGACGCUCAGACCAUGGACGCCAUCCGUCAUCGAGCCAUCUGCCUCAACCUGGCAACACACAUCGAGAGCCUGGGCAAUGGACACAGUGUGGUUUUCCACAGUACGGUAAUAGCCAGGAGGAAAGAGGACACUGGGAAAGUAAAGGUCCUGUUGCACUGGACACCAGAAGACAUAAUGCCAGAUGUGUGGGUGAAUGAGUGCGACAGACUGCAGCAGAAGACCAAGGUGGUUCAUCUGUCAAAGCUGCCCACAGACACAGCUGUACUGCUCGACCCCAACAUCUACAGGAUGUUCUUUUAACAGCUCGCAGAAGCUCUGAUGUCACUUCCUGCUUAUCAGAUCCUGAGAUGGAGGCCAUCUUCUCAACCCUCGUCUCCAUCUCCACGACCCUCUUCUCUUCCUCCUCCCUCUCUCAGAGGAUGCUGGGAGUGUAGUUACUUGUUUGUCCUGGCUUUUUGCAGGCCUUCAGUGUUUUCUAUUCAUUAGGUGCAGAGUUUACUGAGGAUCCAUAGGGCAAUAUGUUGCUUGUUUUAGGUAACACAACUAGACUGAAAACUGACUGCUGUAACAUUAGACAGUUAGUUGUGUAGAGAGAAGCUGUCUUUGUAAAUACUUGAGAUUUGUAAUAUAUUUUUAUACUUUGAAUUUUCUUUUACUCCACUGUAGACUGAUGUCUUUUUUCAGAUAUGUUUAAAUAGAUGUUUUUAAAACUGACAAUAUUGGUCAUGUGCAAAUAGCAUUGUUCUGGUUUGAUAUCAUUAAACUUUUCCAGCCUCCACGUA